CCUCAGUUCAGGGAGAGGUUGAGGAUCCACGAGGCCGAGCUGGAGAAGACGAGCAAGUUCAUCAAGGAGCUGCUCAAGGCCGGGAAAGCCCUCAUCCAGGCGGACAUGGGUCCUGGUGUAAACCACACAGCAGUCCUUCGCCCUCCUUUUGUCAAUGGACUGCUGGGCGAUGGCCUUCCCAAGCCGUGUUGGCCGUGGCGGGUUACUUGACCUAACUUCUCCACGACGAUCGGCACGGGUCGGAGGAGGUGGCAGCAUGGGAAGUACAGCACAACUGUGAAACAGUCUCGUAGCAGAAAAUACUUAACCGGAAUGAUACGCUAAAAUCAAACAGUGCUGAUUUUAUCACCUCAAUCGUCUCCCUUAAAGGAACACGGGUUGAUGAAUUACUUUAAGCGAGUGUAGCUGAGUGACGUGGCACACGCCCUUGGUGAUAAUUGAGGGUGGGGCUUGCUUGCUACUUUUGUGUCGGACCCAUUUUAAUUCGCUUGCAACCUCGAUUGUAGCUUCUCCAGCAAAACGUAAGAGCACGCGGUUAUUUAUCUGUGACCGCAACGCCACUGACGCAUUGCCUUUCUCACGUGCGUCAAAAACACAUGGGUGGUGAAAACACAUCGCCCCCAUCAUCACCAACACCACUACCACCAUCAUCAUCUAUGGCUCCAUCAUCAGUCCCCACUACCACACUGGCAGGCGCUCAUCUGCCACGGAAACAAUGGGCAGCGCUUAACCGGAACCGCACAAACCUCGGACGAUGCGGUGGACGUCUAACACAAGAGUAGAAAAUAAAAGACUCUCUACCUGUGUGCUACUGGAUUUACGAACACCGUACCAUGGUCCAUAGAACUUCACACUGCCCCAAAUAGUCAUGUGAAGGCGGUGUGUGGGCAAGGUAAUGAGUGGGUGGGUGAGCGAGUGGUUGAGUUGCGUAUAUCUGCACAUCACUAACUCUCAAUACAGAGCAAUUGAAUGCCUAAAACACAUACAGCGAGUGUACAAUACAGUAUUUAAAACGAAUGCAUUCCUAAGCUUCAACACGUGGUCAUUUUUUCUGCUGAAUUGACAUUUGUUGUUCAUUUCUUAGUGGGACAGGUUUUGAAACAAAGACAGGAAAAACAUAAAAACGGGUUUUUAUGUUUUUACAAUGCAUCGUAUCCUCACGUGUUCAGCGUCUAGUUACCUGCAGUCAUGUGCUACCGAUGUGCAUUAGCAACGUCACCUGUUGCAUCGAGCACAGGACUGCAGUCAAGAGGUCAAACAUUCAUCAUUUCCAUCUGCGCGUGCAUUCGUUGUGCAAUGCCCAUCGCAAUGUUGGUGGCCCUGAAACUUUGGCGCAGAUUACACAUUGAGAGAAACUCGCCAGGAAUGGGCCCCCAUCUCAGCAGAAUUUGGCCCCAUUUCACCAGAGCUCCGAAAACUAAGAAGGGGUUGAGCAUGGGUCGUGCUUGGAUGGGCGACCACAAAGCACAACCCACGGACGUUUUAGUCCUGUGUGAGGCUUUUUGGUGAGUAGCGGAAGGCGGUCGGAAAAAGCCAUCGUCGUACUGUACUUCUAUGCUUCCGGGGAGCUGCGCUCACCGCCGUCACCAACCCAUCAAUGAUGGUCAAAUAAACUCCCGUGUCCCGCACGGCGUGCGGGCGCCCUCAUCCAGCAGUGGAUCGACAACAUUUACUUGCCAGGGGACAUGUUUCGCGCCUUGAUCAAAGGCGCUCUAUAAGAAAUAAGGUAAAACAUUCUCUCCCUCGGACAGCCACUGUUGAAUUGAAUUUCCACAGAGCGGUACUCCUUUUAAACACCCCAACAAAAUGAUGAUGAUGAUGACGACGACAGUGAUGAUGAUGACGACGACAGUGGUGAUGAUGAUGACGACGGUGACGGCGUUGGCGGUGGCUUUGUGUGUCAAUCCCUGGACCCACGACUUAAAAUUGCGACCUUCCUAUCCGUGAUCCAAGCGAUCUAACCGGAGCCACAGUCCCGUUCAGGUCAUUCCAGGUCUAAUUUUGGCCUCGCAGACUCUGUGGCAUCCCGCAAAGCCACGUCAGUGUCAGGCAGCCCUGACACGUGUGUCUGCUGCAGCCCGGGGUUAACCCCCAGCGAAGGUCCGCGAACUCGGAACGUACAUUUCGGGCCCUUUAAAUACGCGUGAAAUCCUCAGUUUAAUCAUGGAGCGGAGUUUUGAGUGGGUAUAGCAUAUCGACCAGUGAAGACUUUAAUUCGGAUAAGUUGUCCGUCCUUUUUUUAUCGUGGAGGAAUGCUUGUAAAAUACCUCGGCGUUGGACAUACGCUGUUGAGCUGACCUUCAUCCUUGCUGUCACGGUCAUGGUGCAUUCAGGUUGACUUUCUGUGUGGCAAACCGUUGACGUACACUAUUCCACAUAUAAGCUUAUGGUGUUUUGAAACUGUAGCCAGCUUCAAUUUGACACCCUUUAUGUAUUAUUAGGAUUAAACAUUUUUUACAAUGCCCUACUCGGUGUUCCAAGGUUGCUCAAUUUGCGAAACUGUGCGCCUGAGUUUGGCCGGACGUGCGGUGUGUCAGGUUGAUGAGCGGCAGGACGUGAGACAUGAUCGGGGUUGAUGGGGGAGGCGGAAUCGCCUCGCGACAAACGCCAACUUCGCAUGCACAAGAAACAUCUUUGGAAUCGGCUCGCUUUAAAUAAACUCGAGACAACCCCGCUCACUGAACCUGCGAGAGCCGAGACUUGACUCGAGAGCUCUCUCUCAGGCCCAGGAGAAGUUCAACCAGUGUCUGCAGAGCUUCAACUUUGAGAUCAUCGGCGAUGCGGAGACCGACGAUGAAGGAAACAUCGCCGUGGCGCUGCAGGAGUUUGCCGAGCUGCUCCGUCUGAUGGACGAGGAGCGAUCGCGCGUGAUGGAAAAUGCUCAGAAAAUCAUGAUUCGACCUCUGGAGUCUUUCAGGCAGCAACUAGAGACGGCCAAGGAGGAGAAGAAGAAGUUUGAGAAGCAGACGGAGAAGUACUACAGCCUCGUCGAGAAGAACCUGGGGCUCUCGUUCAAGAAGAAGGAAGCUCAGUUUGCCGAGCACGACAAGUAUGUCGAGCAAGAGCGGAGCCAGUUCUGCGAGACGUCGCUGCAGUACAUCAGCACCGUGCAGGCCGUGCAGGAGCGCAAGAUGUUCGAGUUCAUCGAGCCCCUUCUGGCGUUCACCCACGGGCUGUGCACAGCCUACCACCAGGGCUACGAGUACGCGAAGGACUUCAACCUCUACAAGAUACAGCUGCAGAUGAGCAUACAGAGGACGCGCGACCGCUUCGAGAGCACGCGCUCCGAGGUGGAACGCCUCAAGCAGAAGGUGCGGGAGUCUCCCGAGGAGCACAAGCGCUCCAGCGACUACACCGUCGAGGGCUACCUCUACGUGCUGGAGAAACGUCACCUGAGUGUGAGUGGCGCAUUCCCCAUGUCAGGGCCCUUCGGGACGACGUGGGUGAAGAGCUACUCCAAGUACAAGAAAUCAAACCGGCAGUUUAUUCGGGGCCCCUCCGAGCUCAAGACAUCGGGAAAGCCGGCGGAGGAGGAGGAGUUCACGGUGAGGUCGUGCGUUCGCAAGCGCACGGACGCCAUCGAUCGCCGCUUCUGCUUCGACGUUGACCUCGGUGACAGGGCCGGGGUGCUGACGUUGCAGGCGCUCUCGGAAGACAGCCGCAAGCAAUGGAUGGAGGCCAUGGACGGGAGAGAACCGAUUUACGAACGGGCCACACACAACAUUCCCGAAGAGACCACCCUCAACGACAUGGGCUUCCAGUUCAUACGCAAGUGCAUUCAGCUCAUCGAGGCCGACGGGCUUGAGGAGCAGGGCCUCUACCGCAUCGUUGCGCCCACCAUUAGGGUUCAGAAGCUGCUCAGCCUGCUCAACGAGUGCCACUCGCUGGAUGACCUUGACCUGGAGAACGAUGACCUCUGGGAUGUGAAGAUAUUGAGUGGCACUGUGAAGGCCUUUCUCAGGAAUCUCCCCGAACCACUCAUGACCUUCAGGCUGCAUCAGCGUUUCAUCACGGCUGCCAAAAUGGACAACGAGGAGGACCGCAUCGAGUGCGUGCAUGGCCUUGUGUACGACCUCCCGGAGUCGCACCGCCAAAUGCUCAACAUCAUCAUCGCCCACAUCUCCAACGUCGCGAGCCACAGCAAGGAGAACCUCAUGACCGUGGCCAACCUGGCCGUGUGCUUCGGCCCCACGGUGAUGAGGCCCGAGGUGGAGACCGUGGCCGCCCUCAUCGACAUCAAGUUCCAGAACAUCGUCAUCGAGAUCCUCGUGGAAAACUACGACAAGAUCUUCAAAAAAGUUCCGAGCAACCACAGCGAGUUCCGCAAGACGCACAUCUCGGCACGGGCCAGGCGGUAUCGGCUGUCGAUCCGCAAGCCCCCCCCGUACCGCCCUCCAGACCCCCCCACGAGUUCUGCACGCUCCAGCAGCAAGGAAGCCAGGUCCGGCAGCCGCAACGGCAGCGUUAAGCGACCCAUGAUACCACCGCAGCCGCCACCGCCUGUGCCAGGUGGCGGUGGCGGCAGCGGCGGCAGCGGCGGCAGCGGCGGCAGCGGCGGCGGCCGUGGCAGUUUUGGUGCUGGUGCCUCGGCCGCAGUGUCGGUGAGCUCGGCGCCCGCCAUUGCCCCUGGCCAGGCGGCGAUGGCGGCGAUCCCGUCGUCGCCGCCCGCGGGCCCCGCUGCCCUGCUGGACAAGAUGAAGCGGCACGGCGGCCCCUCCAACCCCCGCGUCGUCUUGGGGAACGCCGAGCCGGCGGAGGACGGCGUCGGGCGCAACCACUCCCCCCUCUCGCCCCCUAACCCGGGCGAGCCGGGCUUCCCGGAGGGCUGUAGUGCGGAAGAACCCUGCUGUGCUCGGCAGGGAAGGACUCCAGUCCGCCGUCGAUCCAUGGUGACCUCCAGGACACAGAUGUUUGAGAACAGAAGCAGCCGACCCAACCCCCCAAUGAGUCCUCAUUCCCGUCUAGGCCUGGCUGUGUGGAUGGUCUCCAGGAAAGCACGCGCGAUCGCUGACUUCAAAUCCGAUGACGGUACGGUGCUGGACUUCAGCAAAGGCGACAUCUUCCACAACGUUCAACCGGCGACGGACGGGUGGGUGAAGGGCAGCCUCAACGGCAAGAACGGACUCAUUCCCGAGCAAAUGCUGCAGAUGCUGUGAGCUCGAGGCCUGCCGUCGGGGUGCCGGGGUGACACGGCAAGCGAUGGGGGGCGAGGGCAAGGACGGGGAGAGGGAGGGCGGCCGCGGGUUGCAUUGUGGGUAAACCCUCGCUCUUCACAGCUCUCCGACGUGCGCCUGUCGUACCGCGUCGUUUUUCGGCACGAUGUCCGACGUUUCCGCCCGCACGCUGGGAGCUUCUUCAGGAACUGAAUUUCGUGAAGAAGCUCUCGGCGCAUGGAGCAAACGACAACAACAAACUUUUGCGGUCGUAUGCACCUCGCUUUACCCCCUGUCGCAAGCCGACGUCGUUCGCACGGAAAUUCAAAGGGACUUAAGAUUUAUUGCAGUUGCGCUGUAGCCAAUGAUCAAGUGCAUUUUUGGGGCUUUUGUUUUUUACUUACAGUCUUUGUUUAGACGCGCGUUUCAUUUUGCUGUUACAAUGAUUGAGUCCGUUUCUCGAUGUUUUUAUAAUCCUGCAAAUGUCUGUGGGCUUUCCUUCCCCGACCGCUUUACAGGGAAUGCAUAUUGCUUCUCAAUGCUGACCCGGGCUGCAGGAAGGUUACGGGAGGCCCUGGGGAAAUGCCAGGAUGAGGCCUCCCUUCUGAGGCCCUCCCUUGGCUCUUUCUAAGGCCUCCUCAGAUCUGAGGCCCCACUCCCCUCUAUGGCCUUGGGUCCUGACUACUCACAGCCUGACCAGCAGGCUUACAAUGAUUUCCGCCCCCCACCCCAUAUCAGCAAUUCAAUGAAUUGUCACAAUUCAGUUUUAUUCGUAUUAUUUCGUGUUUUUCUUGUCUCGUUUUGCAGACAUUCGUCCAACUUCCGACAGCCUAAGGGCAACAUUACCGUAUCGUUUACGUGUAAUGAGCCGACCCGUUUGCAGAUAAUCGAGUCUCCCAAUGCGCGACUCGGCUCACUCACCCCACGACACGAUUGUACAAAUCGCUUUAAAUUAAUCGGGCUAGUCGGCGCGCCAUUGCCUUGACCGCCACGAUUGCGGUCGAGCCACGAAGCGCUAAAAGUUCGUCUCGUUCGUGAGGUUCCAACGGCCGCUUGCCCAGUCGACCAGACCCCGGGGCAACCGAUGUGAUGGCGUGAGAAUGGGGAGCGUUUGUAAAAAGCCAACUGCCUUGACAUUGGAGUAAAAAGUUACAAAUAUAUAAACGCACGGCUUUCCUGUCGGCGCAGCGGUUCCAUUGAGCGAAGAAAACAACGACAAGUUCCAGGGGUUUCGUGACGUUAUUCAAGGACGGGCGAAGCCAACGUUUAGCAUUUAAGUAGCGGCGCUCAAUGUAAUCGUCUUCGUUCACGCAGUCUGCCGUAACCGUGGCCGUGCAGUUGCUUGUGGCCUCGAGUGCUCUAUCAAAAGAUCGAAUAUAUCUACGAAAUGUUAUUGUCCAUUCCACUUUUUGUUUACAUUUUUAGUUGUUGCCCAAUCCCAUUUAUAUAUAUGUAUUUGCACAUUGUAUAAUAACCAUUACCGCUUUUGUCGCAAUAUUUUAAUACUUUUAUUGCUUGCAACAUGUUCCUUUUAAUGCUUCGGGGAAUUGUUAUUCCUGCUGUCGGGAUGUUGUAAGGGAAUGCCUUAAAUGUCAGUGUAAUAUAGCACGUGUUAGGUGCUUUGAAAGUACAAUACGCUCUGUUGUGCGCUUUGAUCCUGUGUCAUUAGUGUUGUGUAAGGUCGCGUCAAUAGACCCAGUCAGUGAGGCAGGGCCUCUAACCCAGGUGUAGGAAAUGACCCUAACAAGCACCGCUUAAUAGGUCUUACCAAUCCCAUGGCCCGUGAUAAAAUCGCCCGGAAUGCGCCGGAUCUCGGUAGCUAAGCAGAGUCGAGCCUGGACAGCGCUUGGGAAGGGCGACUGCCAUGCACGGCAAGUUGCCACUUGCUGCUGCACUCCGUAGUGGGCACCAGAAGGCCAGUGCGACAAAAUCUAGUGUUUUGCUGUACAGUACUUCUACGCUCCCCGUCUGUGCUCCCCCUUCGCCAACCCACACUGGCUGGCUUGGUGAAGCGUGGCUUAGACGGCACGGGGAGUGCCUCAUCCAACAGCGGCACACCGUGUGACAGUCCCGUGGAGAUGCAGAGUGCACUGUCGGCCGCCUUCGUGCGUGCUCCCAUUGCCGUAGGAGCACAAGCGGUGGGGUCCCAAGUGUCAUGCGGGUACAACGGACUCCCAAAUUCGGCCAAGAAGUCUGCCCGUUGAAAUAAAAUAUUUUAGCGCAGAUCCAAAUGUUGCACGCAUGUCGAGAGCGUCUUUCGCGUUGCCGCUCUAAAUAAACGGGGUCACAUGAUGAUCCCAGUAACUGCUGAGGGGCAUGACUCCAAGUGACCCCCUCCUCCCCCCCCCAAUCUGCUCCCCCUUCUGGCAGGGCCGUUUGCCACUCGGGGCGGUCAGGGCGAUUUCCACUCGUGGCACUCUGCACACGUGGCCCUCUAAAGCUGUCGGCUAGCAACGCGGACGUAGGGCUUACUGCCCGAUUCAUAUCCGUACAAAAAGUGCGUUGGGAAGAUGCAAAAGGAACGCCUGCAAGCUUACGUUGUCUCUCGUGUUUCAAAUCAUUGGCGGUGUGCGUGUAUGCGCAUGCAUGUGGCCGUGUACAUGGUCUCAGUACGCAAAUAGUACUCAAAUCUAUGAUUUGGAACCGAGUAACAGGAAGUGUUGAGGCAAAGCGAGCACGUGAGCAGACUGGGUUUGGCCAAGGUUUUUCUCUCCCGAUCGAUCAGAUACUAUCAAUAAAGACACUUUCAUUCCGAUACUAUCAUUCCGAUACUAUUAUUCAGAAACUUCCAAUCAGACACUAUCAAUCAAAAAACAUCAUUCAUAUGCUGUCAAUCAGAUGCUAGAAAAAAUAAAUUAAGAAAAUACAAAGCCGAAGUGGAGUCGGGCAAAGCAGGUAAUGCUCUCAGCAAGGCUCGCCGCAGCAAAUUUUACAUUUUUUUUCCAACAUUUGGACCAGAGACAUCAAUCCACGAGCACAUGUGGAGGUGUCAACCAUCUCGGAUUCGAUGACGACAUCGUCACUGUAACAACCAAUGAGACGGAACCCCAGGUAAUGAAUGAAGAACAUCAACAGAAGUUACAACGUGGGGCUAGAGAUAUUAAAUACGGGCAAAGGGAAAGUUACGGCCAGUCGCUUGUCGUAAGCUGAACAAAUAAAACAUCUUCGGAGGGACACAACAAUACUGCAAAAUGUGUCACUUGACGGUGGGAUCAAUAUCAAAAUGAUAAAAUAAAGAGGUGGAUGAGAGCAGGUUGGAGCGCUUCUGGGAAAACUGAACUUGCUCAUCAAAAGCAACACAACCGAUUUGCCGAAUGAAGAAAAUAUUUCAUCGGUAAGAUAUUUAUCUGCUAUCAUGGCACGGAUCACAAACGUGGCCAUUGACAAAGUGGAACGAAAG